AUGAACCUUGAAAUCGAAAAGCUAAAGGAAGGACUAAGAAAGCCGUUGACCUGCCUUCAAAAAAGUUUGAGGUCUCAAUAUCUACUGGAAAUGAGUAUCCCAAGCAGUAUUAAGCGUGUUUUGAGGCUAUGCGAUGAUUUUGAGUUUGCUAUGCCGGUUAUAGCAUAUUACACCAAGUUGUACGUGGUGGAAGAACUCUUGGCGUUGAAGGAGAGAAACGAGGACGUUAUAGCAAACGCGACACGUCUUAUGAACGAAAUUGAGGACUUCAAGCAGUCUGCUGCAGGAGAAGCAGAAAAACAACUUUUGCGGGACCAACAAAAGGCCAAGGUCUACUGCAUGAAUUUUGCAAUGUCGCUUUACAACGAGCAGUUAAAUAGGAUCCAAAAAGGUGCCGUUGCACCAGAUCUAUCCAGGGCAUUGUGGUGCUGCGCAGACCUGUUCGGAAUGAUUCAGGUGCUUUGGAAAAAUACAGAGGCCACUUCGGAAGAGGUUCAACAAUGUCAAAAAAGAAUCAAGAUCUGUAAACUGUAUCUCAGUAAACUGGCUCGUGGAGAGCUGGGAAAGAGCGAAAGCGAAGAGCCGAAAGUAGUAGCGCGCGAUUCGGAUGCAUUUUUGCCCAACCUGCGACAGACUGAUUACGAAUCCGAAGAAAAUGAGCAAUCGCCCGAAAACCAAGCUGAAAUCGAUCCAAAAGAAGUAGAUAGCUUCAUCAAAAGCUUAGAACAGGACCCCAGCUUAAUCGACGACGAUGCUGUAGAAGAAACGCAGCAAGAUGAAUCUCGUGAACGUAAGGAUACGGAUGAACUGAUACGCAAAAUGCGCGAACUUGAUUCGGAUCCUCUGCCCAAUCGUAGUGAUUCAGAGCCAGAGCUUAAUCUGCCCCAGGCCCCCACUGAAAUUGGUAAAUUGCCUGCCUUCAUUGACGUGGACGAAAGCGAUACUGAGAUGACAAACUAUAAGGAAGAGCAGGUUGUGAAGCCACCAUUAAAGAUUCCUACCGAGGUUAAACAAAAGCCGGUACAUUAUCAGGCUCAAGAUCUCAAAGAAAUGUGGAACCGUGAAGACCAGAUAGCCGAAGUCCAAAAAACUGCAAGAUUCGCCAUUAGCGCUUUGAAUUAUGAGGACGUGAAAACUGCUAAACAAGAACUAAAAAAAGCUUUGCAACUACUAGAUGAAAUUCAAUGA